GGGUCACAAAUGAGUCUAAACAUUGAUUACGUAAUAGACUUGAACUCAAAUACAUUGGAGUUUUAACUAUGAGUUCAAUCAUAUGUUUGUGUUAUUGAUUUGCAUUGAAUUGUAUGGAAAGCGAGGAUUCACUGCGUUAUCAAUGAAUUAGUAAUCAAUUUAUACUGAAUUAGCCUUCAAUUGAAUGCCAAUUAUGUAUACAAUUGAUUGUCAAUUAAGUGAACGAUUCAAGUGUUGAACAAAUGUUUUCAUUGUUUUGUUGUUUUUGUUUAACAAUUGAAUUGUAUUUAACAACAAAAGUGUCACUCAAUUGAUGUUACAAACGAUGGAUAAAUUUGCCGUCGAUUUGGACAGUAUUUUGGAUAAACUCGAGGAAAAUGAUGAUGACACCGAAAGAGGACGUCCGCCAUCACUCGUGAAGAUUACAAAUAAUAAUACAUUUGGUUAUAAUAAUAGUAAUACCAGUAAUAAUAAUAAUAAUAAUUUUUUGUUAUAUCAAUCAUCAAAUGAUGACAACACCACUCAAUUGGCAAUCAAUGAUGACAUGACUUGUUCGACAUCUUCCACUUUUGUGGCUAACAAUCCAUUUACAAGAACUAUAUUGUCGUCGUAUUUAGAGAAUCAAACAUUAGAUCAGUUGGAUCUGUCGGAUGCAGAUUUUGGUAUUAGUGUUAAACAGAGUGAGAUAAACAAUUAUGACUGUCAUCACAAUGAGAGAGAAAGUUUUUAUGACAAAGAUGUCAACCAAUCAAUAGAUAAGAAUCAACUGAUGAGUUCUUUGCUGGAAAAAGCGAUGUGGAAUACAGACAAUAACAAUGAAGACAUUGAUAACGAUUGCAGUAAUGAUCUAAACGAUGGCACACAAGAUGUGCUUAAUAUUGAUAAUGACAGUGUAAAUGUUGAAAAUAGUGUCACCAAUGAUGCAACUAAUUGUAAAAUGAUUGUAAAUUAUGUGAACGAUUUGACCAAUUUAGGUGAUUUGAAUAGUGAACAACAAAAUAAUGAUGAAAAAGAGAUGUUAUCAGAAAUGUCUGAAAUUACAGUGAAAUUGUUAGAUAAUAUUACGCAAGUGAUAGAUAAGGAUACAGAAAAUAAUAAAUCAGAUCUGAAAUCAUUGGUUGAGAUUGAAAAUCAAUUGGAGUCUACUAUUAAUGCAGAUAAUGUUGAAUCUACUAAUGAUUUAGCAAUUGAUUUACAAACAAAUGACCAUUUGAUUAGAAAUCCUGUUGAUUCAGAAUUGAUUAAAAUUGAACAACAAAUUAAUGAGAAAACAGAUGAUAAUAUAAUAAAUGAAGAUCAAUGGGAAUCUAAUUCAUUAAAAAAUAAUUUUGAUGAAAACACAGAAGUGGUUAAAUUUAAUGAAAUUGAGGUAAAUAUAGAUGAAUUGACAGAACAUGAAAUUAAUGAAUAUCUUAACGAAUUUGAUGACGAAGAAGAAAAUUGUACAAUAAAUGUAACAAACAUUAACACUAACAUUGAUAUCGAUAAAAGUUGUGAUCUAUCAAACAAUGAGCUGUUAAAUGCAACGUUAGAUAAAGAUAUUAGUAAUUCAUUGAGUCAAUCGACUUCUAGUGUUUCCAUUGAGGAUAAUGAUAAAGUCAGUGAUAUAUCUGAUUUCGAUGGUAAUACUAUCGCUAGUAGUGUGUCACCAAUCAAUUCAAGUGUGACUAAUAAUAAUAUAAAUUUAAUUGAAGAAUUUCCAACAAAAAUUAGUCGACCAAACACUCUCCCAAUUACAUCAAAUGUCUUAACAGUUAAUGAAGUUAUGAAUGGCAACAAUAAUGGCUACAAUUCAAAUGAUGAUGAGAUUAACGAUAAUAACAACAAUACUUCUGAUAAUAAUAAUGUGCCAAAUGAUGAUGAAUUACAAACACAUAAUUUACCAAAUGAUGACUUUUAUGACCAAAAUUUAACACUUGGUUUGACAGAAGACGAACAAAUGUUGGGAAAAGUUAAACCUUUUUGGAUUCCUGACAAUGAAACACAAAUGUGUAUGCAUUGUGACAUUAAAUUUAGUUUAAUUAAAAGGAGACACCACUGCAGAGCAUGUGGUAAAGUAUUGUGUGCCCAAUGCUGUAAUAGUAGAGCAAAGUUAUUAUAUUUAGACUGUGAAGUGUCCAGAGUUUGUCAAAUUUGUUAUUCAGUUUUAGCCAAAAUUGCUGCGAUUGAAAGGAACGCAAAUGAAUUAAACCAAUCGAGUACUUCAACUCUAAGACCUGAUAAUGUGUACCCAACUUCAUCAUCGGAUUCAUCGAUGACCACAACUAGAUGUCCUGAUCCAAGCAAUCCAUUAGAAUAUUGUUCAACAAUUCCUCCAUUACAACAGGAACAGGAUGUAUUGAAUCGUAUGCCACCCACUGUUAUGGUACCCAUUGGUGUCCUCAAAAGAGGUGAUCGACCUAAAGGCGAACCUAAACAAGUGGUAUUUUCUGAUGGUAUUCGACCCGGAGGUGACUUAACCGAAACCGGAGAGGGAACAAGUAGUUUGGCAUUUUUACGUCGAGCCGGAAGAAUUCAACAUAAAUUGAAGUCACCUCCAGUUGAGAACACUUUCCAAUUGCUAACUACUUCUUCUAAGUCAAAGGCCAGUCGUAUAAUAAUAAGCGACUCAACUGGAAAUUUGCCUCCAAUUAUAAAUUAUUAUGAUUUGAAUGUCAAUAAAUCAAUCAAAAAUAAGCCAACGAUUUUAAAUUUGAUUGAUUUUUUAAGAGACCCGUCAUUGCCUCCCGUAGUGUUUGCUAUGACUAAAAAUUUACACAUAUUUGCAAAAAUUGUUAACAAAAAAUGUUGCGUAAAGAGUGAAAUCUGGAAUUUUGCCACUAAAGGUAUGGCCACUAUAGGCCAGGACGAGAUUUUGAUGAAUUUAGAGCAGUUAGCAGAUGAAGAUACCUUUCCACGUGAUAUAUUUCGAUUUUUUACAACUAUAUUUGAUAAUGUUACUAAAGGUACUGUCUAUAAUGACUUGAAUCAUAUCUUUUUUCCGGAUGGACUCUUUGGUUUUAAAGAUAACAGUGGUUUUCUAUUUACUCGACCAACUCUUCAAUGUUUUAGUAAUAUGGUGUUACCGACGCCACCUUUUUUAUUGGCGAUACUAAUUCAUAAAUGGGAGAUACCCUGGGCUAAGGUGUUUCCUAUAAGAUUAUUACUACGUUUAGGCGCUGAAUAUAAAUUUUAUCCGAGUCCUAUUGUAAGCUAUCGAUGUCGUAAACCAGUCUAUUGUGAAAUUGGUCACACAAUCAUGAAUGUAUUAGCUGAUUUCCGUAAUUUCCAAUAUACUCUUCAAACAAUUCCCGGUUUGACCAUUCAUUUAGAAGACAAAAAAAUAACGAUUCAUUUACCGCGAAAUCGUUACGAAAAGGUUCAAAGACUUGUGACGAGUAGUAAUGAACACGUAUUGUCAUUUGGUGCCAACUUUAGUCUUAAAGCUGAUUCACAUUUAGUUUGUAUGCAAAAUGAUGUGGACGGACAGUAUCAGACACAGUCCAUCAACAUUGAAGGCGCUUCUCGUCGGAUAACAGGCGCUAGUUUUAUAGUGUUUAGUGGAGCUCUCAAAUCAAGUACUGGAUUGACAGCUAAGAUGUCUAUUGUUGAAGAUGGACUUCUUGUUCAAAUUCCACCCAAUACUAUGAUUGAAAUGAGAAAUUAUCUCAAAGAUAUGAAAGAUUACGAUAUAAAUUGUGGUAAAAUUGAUUCACAACCUGAAGAAGUGAUACAUAUGUUAUGGACAGAUGAGGAUAUGUCUGUUAAUCUCGGUGUCCGCAGUCCUAUCGAUGCAACUAAUUUGGAGGGCAUUCAAAGUAUACGCAUUUAUAAUGGAACUGAUUAUACAAACAAUAAAUUAAUAAUCAGAUGGACUGAAGUGUUUUUUCUUCAAUUGAAUGAAAUGAAUCGAAGGAAUGAUUCAUUAGACACGAGUCGAUUAGCAGAAAUGAUAGCUCAGGCUUUCUGUGUGGCACUCAUUUCAUAUUUGGAUCAGUUGUUUGAUAAUGGCUUCACUAAAAUUGGAUUAAGAAUUAAUUUAGAUUCCGAUAAAGUUGGAUAUGAAGUGGGAAGUAAUGGCAUAUCAUUACCGCCACAAUACACGAGUGAAUUAGACGGUGCGUUGAUUCCUAUCAUUAUGGAUAACAUUUCUUCGGGAAUUGAAGAUCAACUUAUUAUGGAGUUAUUGUUUCAUAUUUUAGUUAAAUAAUCAAUUAUUUGAUUUAUUUUCAAAGAUUUAUAUACAUAAUUGAGAACAUUAUUAUACAAAUAACAAUUUAGCAUCGAUUAAACAAAUAUUACGGUAAUAUUUUAAAUGUAAUUUAUAACUACAUUUAGUAUAACAAUCAAAUUAUAUUAUAAAUAUAUUUUAUUGUAUUUUUAAU